UUCUAUUUUCACGGCCACGGCCUUUUUAAAAACUUGGUUCACACGACAUAAAAAACAGCAAUGGCGUCUCUCUGAUGGACUGUCAAUUCUCGGCCUUGGAAAUAUCAAAUAUUUUUCGGCCUGCCUCGUUCUCCUUGGACUUGCUUCAUGA